AUGGCGGAUCCAAACAUUGAAACGCAACUAACCCAACUGAGUCAUCGUCAGACUACCGAAUCAAAGGUCGAUAAAGAUACAAAGUUUGAGCGAGACUAUGUGCCACCAGACAUUAAGAUACAACAAAUACGACAGGCAAUUCCACCCCAUUGCUUUGAGCAAGACACAUGGAAAUCAGCCGGCUAUCUGGUUAAAGAUCUUGCUAUGAUUGCGGCUCUGGUCUACGCAGCGACGUUUAUUGACACAUACCUUCCACAGAUGCUUCGUUUUAUCGCCUGGCUUGUAUAUUGGUUUUUCUGUGGUGCUUUUGCGACAGGUGUAUGGGUGAUCGCUCAUGAAUGUGGACAUCAAGCCUUUUCACCUCACAAGUCUAUAAACAACACAGUAGGCCUCAUAUUGCACUCAGCUCUACUGGUCCCUUAUCAUUCGUGGAGAAUAACACAUUCCAAACAUCACAAACAUACGGACGCCUAUAUUUUCAUUACUUAUGUUGAUUCUUCAACAAUUAUUUGGAUGGCCGCUUUAUUUGAUCUUUAA